GCAGUUAGGCGUUUCGAAAAUGAAACUGGUUCGUGCUUGACUUCAUGAGAGGGACUCAGAAGAAACGAAAAUAAUUCGUUUAACAAAUUAAAAUCCCGUGUUUUUACUGUUUCGCAUCAACCCAGGGAAGGCAGAGGAGCCAGACGGAUCGGACUUCAUGCGGCGGAAGUCGAGAGGAGACGUGUUUCUGCUGGAUAUGUUCACUGGACACAUCAGAAUGGGACGCAAUAAACUCAAAUGGGUCCUGUAGCAGCGGCUCCUCUGUGAGACUGAAGCCACGUCACUAUGGCGCACUUUGACACGGACUACCAGCGCCUGGAGGCGUCCUACAGCGACUCUCCCACCGGAGAGGAGAACCUGCUGAUGCAUGUGCCCGAGGGCAGCAAAUCUCAGUGGCACCACAUAGAAAACCUGGACCUGUUUUUUCAAAGAGUCUAUAAUUUACACCAGAAGAACGGAUUCACCUGCAUGUUGUUGGGAGAGAUUUUUGAGCUGGUUCAGCUGCUGUUUGUGGUUGGCUUCACGGUAUUCCUGGCCAACUGUGUGGAUUAUGACAUACUUUUUGCCAACAAGUUUGUAAACCACACCGAUUCCUCUAAAGUCACCAUACCCGAUGCAAUUUUACCAAUGGAUGUCUGCAGUGCCCAUAUUCAAGGCAACGCAUUUCUGAUCUUUGUUCUGAUAAUCUCGGGGGUGUUUUGGCUACAUCGCUUUAUAAAAUUUCUCUACAACGUUUGCUGUUACUGGGAGAUCAGAUCUUUCUACAUCAAUGCCCUGAAGAUGUCCAUGUCGGAGCUCCCCUACGUCACGUGGCAGGAAGUCCAGGCCAGGAUAAUUGAGAUCCAGAAAGAGCAUCAAAUUUGCAUUCAUAAGAAAGAACUGACGGAACUGGACAUCUAUCACCGCAUCCUGCGCUUUAAAAACUACAUGGUUGCUAUGGUGAACAAGUCACUCCUGCCUGUGCAGUUUCGUCUUCCUGUGCUCGGAGAGUGUGUGUUUUACACCCGAGGGCUUAAAUACAACUUUGAGCUCAUCUUUUUUUGGGGACCGGGUUCUCUGUUUGAGAAUGAGUGGAGUCUUAAACCAGAGUAUAAGAGAGGGGGGAACAGGCUUGAGCUCGCAGACAGACUGGCAUCUCGUAUCCUUUGGAUCGGCGUUGCCAAUCUGCUGCUGUGUCCUGUCAUUUUGGUGUGGCAGAUUCUUUAUGCCUUCUUUAGUUACACCGAGGUGAUCAAGCGAGAGCCCGGUUCUCUCGGGGCAAGAUGUUGGUCUCUCUACGGUCGGUGUUACUUGCGUCAUUUCAACGAGCUGGACCAUGAGCUGUUGUCUCGUCUCAGCAAAGGCUACAAGGCUGCAUCCAAGUACAUGAACUGUUUCCUGUCCUCGCUGCUGACAGUGGUCGCCAAAAAUGUAGCGUUUUUUGCUGGCUCCCUCCUGGCCGUGCUCAUUGCCCUCACAAUCUAUGACGAGGACGUUCUUGCAGUGGAACAUGUCCUGUCAUCCAUCACGCUGCUCGGAGUGUGUAUCACAGUCUGCAGGUCAUUUAUUCCUGAUAAGCACAUGGUUUACUGUCCCGAGCAGCUGCUGCGGGUCAUCUUAGCUCAUAUCCACUAUAUGCCCGACCACUGGCAGGGCAAUGCUCACAGAUAUGAGACCCGAGACCAGUUUUCACAGCUCUUCCAGUACAAAGCAGUGUUUAUUCUGGAGGAGCUGAUAAGCCCAGUGGUGACUCCCAUCAUCCUCAUCUUCUGCCUGAGAAGAAAGUCUCUCGAGAUCAUAGAUUUCUUCAGGAACUUCACGGUGGAGGUGGUUGGGGUUGGAGACACCUGCUCUUUUGCCCAGAUGGACAUAAGACAGCAUGGACACCCUGCGUGGAUGUCGGCGGGGAAGACUGAGGCGUCCAUCUACCAGCAGGCAGAGGAUGGGAAGACAGAGUUAUCUCUGAUGCACUUUGCCAUCACAAACCCCCACUGGCAGCCCCCUCAGGAGACCACACACUUCAUCAGCCAACUGAAAGAAAGAGUUCACAGAGAGGCAGCGGGGUCUUCUUCUGACACACACCCUCUCUCCUUGUCCGAGUCUGAACCGAGGAGUCUUGUUGCAGACCUCUUGACGGGUCCCUCCACACUGGCACCUGUUCAGUUUCCCUGCGACAUCUCUUUGACGAAUAAUGCAGCAGCUGGUAUCAACACUGGAGCGACCGCCCUGUGCUCUCUGUCACCGGUCAGCAGCAGUCUUAACCUGCGAGGCAGUGUGAGCGCUGCCCACAGAGUUAGUGGUUUCACCAGCAAAGCAAUGGCAGGCUCUGGGACGGAUGCUCGGACUGUGAGCUCAGGCAGCAGUGUGUGGGAGGGUCAGCUCACCAGCUUGGUCCUGUCAGAGUACGCCUCCACCGAAAUGAGCAUCCAUGCACUCUACAUGCACGAGCUUCACAAACAGCAAGCCCGCGGCGAGCCGUCACGCCACACGUGGCACAGGCAGGACAGUGACGAAAGCAGCGACAGCAUCCCGGAUGAAGUAAGAAGCGAACCGAGCGCUCGCUCUCGAAGUUUCCCGCGCUCGCACACUUUCCCCAUCAUGGUUCCGAGUCCCAGUGCCAUUCCCGCUUCAGCAUCAGCCAGCAGCAGUGCUGCAGUGGACCAGCAGGGGGCGAAGUCACGGCGCCACAGUGGGCCCAGCACAGAUAAUGUUGGUGCAGGAGGAAAGGUGGUGAGGACGGCUCGUGUGCCGAUGGGUGGAUGGGCUGAGGACGGUCAAGCAACUUCACGGCAUCAUGAACCACUCGCAGAGGAGACUUCAGAGGAUGAGUUGCCUCCUCACAUACACAAGGUUACAUAAUGAAGCCACGUGAACGAGUUUACACCCUAAACACAUCCCCAUCCCAGUUCACAUCUUCCCCAGGACUGAUGUUUUCUCACAGCUGAAAGGUGCAACGGGGGUUUAUCACCAUCCAUUCAAAAGCUCACCA